UCAUACCAUAAUUAAUCUAAAUAAACUCACUAAAUACAUACAUAUAAUUAUUAACACAUCUAAACAAUACAGAUUAAUAACAUACCGAAAAUGGUGAAUCUGUAAACGUAGUUGUCAGAAGCGAGCUGGGAAGGGGUUUUUUGCGGAUAUGAUGAGUUGAAUGUGGAAGAUUUUGAGGCAGGAAAGCGAGGGAUGGGUUAUUUAUAUGGAAAUCAGAUGGAUUGAUCACCGCAAUUGACAACAGCGGUGAAGCCAUCACCGCAAUUGACAACAGCGGUGAACUCUAGGUCGUUGUGACUUAAUUUUCUACCUACCAGGCCCGGAAAACGUGGUAAAUAAUCACCAUUUUGUAGAAAAGCGGUGAAAUUAUCACCGUUGUAGAGUACUGCGGUGAUUGGUUCGCCGUUUUGUUCUAAAGCGGUGAACCCAUCACCGUUUUGUUCUACAGCGGUGAUGGUAUCACUGUUCUGGACAACUGCACUGAUUAACAUCACUGUAUUGAACAACGAAAGUGAUGAUCAAACUGCUGUACUUUGGGAAAUACUCUUGUAACUACGGUAUUUUGGUAAUUUUUUUUAUAACUAGUGUAUUCUUGGAUUUUUUUCCCGGCCCAUGAGUCCAUCUUAUUCAUAUUGUUAUUGAAACCCACAAACCCAAUUUCCCAGCUUAUUUUCCUCCUCCAUACAUACGCAAAGUUUGAAUAGAGAAACCAAACCCACCUAAAUAAGAAAAAUCAAUCUAUCCGAAUAAGUUGAUCUUGUGAUAUUCUUCUCUGCAUCAGAACUCGCUACAUUCUUGAGUCUCAAAAGUGUUUCUUAGAAUGCAAGGAAGAAGGAACCCCGGAAUUGCCUAACUUAUUCCAGGGAAUGGAACAAAACAACCAUUCUUACAAACACCAAAACGAUCCAAGCUGCGCACGGGUUCAGCUCUUUCACAAGCAACAAGCAGUGCCCGAGUUUUUGCAGACCCGUUUUGUAAAAUGUUUUCAUAACUCACAAGGAUUCAUAGUUCCAGAAUAAAUUCACCUCCAGAAACCUUGAAGUCCGACGGCACUUCUUCGAAGUUAAGGACCUUGAUUUUCCCAUCUUCACAAAUGCCGACCAUCUACACAAACAAAAAUGAUCACGGGCAACUCAAAUUUGUUUCUGUAACAUGAUUUGUACCUAUCAAGACCAGAUGAACCUCUCAGAUCGAGGUCCAAGCAAAGCACCAGAGAGAUCCUUCUCCAACUCCAAACUCUUGUGAAAUUUCCCAUCAAAGUCUCCAUAGAAUUCAAUCUAGAUGGGAAGAAAGAACACAUGUAACUAAGUCGUUUAUGAUAGUUGAGGAAGCAAAAUUUGAUUACUUCACAUUUACGGCAUCUUUAGCUUCAAGUUUCUCUGCCAUCGGCUCAAGAUAGGGUGCAUAACUAUGAGUAACCAAAUCUGGACUCUUUUUUGAAGUGGCUGAAUAUCUAAAAGUGGAGAAUUAAAGAAAUUUCAAAUCUAUUUUUCCUAGUUUUCUUGAUUGUAUCAUAUAUUCUUCAUUCUAACUCGGAUUUCAAUUUUUUUGCACAGAUGGAACGAGUUUGUUGUGCUCUACAAAAUUAUAUCCAUUUUUAAUAUUUUUUUAGAAAAAAAAAUUUAUACCUCUCGUUACCAACUCCAUACCAUAUGAUAUCUCCUACAUUUUUUUUUUUUGCACAGAAGGAACGAUUUAAUCAUGAUCUAUUGGAUUUCAAAUUUUUCUGGAUGAAAAACUUUCACACCUCUCGUUACCAAUUCCAUAUCAUACUAUACCAUCCUGGUAUGGGGUGGUAUUUUUCAUACCAUAUGGUAUGUUGUUAUUUAAUACCAGUCAAUACCAUAUGGUAUAGACUGGUAAUAACUGGUAAAUAUUUUUUGUUCCAAAAAUAUCAAAGUGGAUAUCAUUUUGAAGAGCACAAUUAAUCUAAUCUAACUAUGCAGAAAAAAAAUAAAUUACGAGUUAAAACGAGUGAGAAAUCGUCUGUUAAAAAUUAAGGUAAGGAAAAUUAAAGAUUUUUCGAGGAGAGAAAAGGAGGCGCUGAUGUAUGCAUGGGGUUAUAGAAACACAAGGUUACUCACCGGAUCUGCUCCCCUACCCAUUCAUUCAUUACAAAGGAUCAUUAACAGCCACACAACUGACAGAGUCCACCCCUUUAGCCUUGAACUUAUCAAUGUUGUUUUUGUAACUCGGGACAUGUUGCUGGGAACAAACUCCCGUAUAUGCAUCCUGCAUCAUUAAUUAAUUAUUAAUAUAUAAAAGUCUAGGUUGUGAGUUACUAUUCAUUAGUGGCUCUCACACUCCUCCAAGUGCAAGUGAGAAAGUUUCAAGUUGCUCCUUUUACCCCACUCUCCAUUUUAUAAACUUUGUGUUUAGCUAUUUUUCACUAGGUUUACGUCUAUUCAACCCAAACAUAAGGGUAUCCUAACUUGAACCCAAGGCCGCUACCACGAGUUUUGUAUCGGGACCGAGUUUCAUCCUCUUUAGUGUUUUUUCUUUUCUCAUUUUCCUUUUUGUUGACCAUCAUCACAAUUGAACCCAAAAAGUCAUUUGAUUCAGUCAAAGCGACUUAAAACUGACUUCAGUAUUUAUGAAUUCUCUUUUUUUCUUUUGGUUGGGAAGACAAUUGAACUAAAAUCUAAGGUAUUAACGAGUUUUAUCCGCUUUUGUAAUUGACAAGUUGGAUAGAUUGUGAAUUUGUUAAAACUUGGUCGACUCGGUCAAAGCGAGUUGAACGCAGUGUUGAGAGUUUAGGGUCGUGAGUGAGUUUUAUCCACUUUAGUAUUUUUUGUCUUUUUCCUUUUGGUUGAGAAUGACAAUUAAGUUCAAAUACAUGAGUAUCCAACCUAAUUCGACCCGACCAAAGCGACUUGAAUCCGCCGUUUACAAGUUUUCAGGGGGAGCGAGUUUUAUCUGUUUUUGUAAUUGGAGGGUUGUGUUCGGUGUGAAUUUACUCAAAACUCGGUUCAACCAGGUCAAAGCGAGUUGAACCUGGUGUUGACGACUUUUGAGUCGGUAGCGAGUUUUACCUUUAGUGUUUUUCUUCGCCUUUUCCUUUUGUUUGAGAAGGACAAUUGAACCCAAAUCCAUGAGAAUCCAACCUAAUUUGACUCGAAUCUUCUCAAACCUGCAAUCAGUCCCAAAAUUUCAUAAAAGAGAACCAUGAUUACCUCAAACCCAAAAGAAAAAGAAAGCCAAAAGAGUACGACUAUGUUUUGCCCAAAUUUUAGAAGUUUUAUGUUUCAAAAGGUAAAGGCAAGCCUAACACCUCUAAAGUUUCGCUUUUUAAAAAUCUGAAGUUUUCAUAACAUAAAAGCAGAAGUUCCAAUUUGAAAAUACAAUAUUGUUCUUACCAUAUAUUAUUCUUUUUCUAGAAAACAUAAUUUUCUUUCAUUUAUAUCAUUAUAAAAAAUAAAUUGAAAAAUAGUAUUAUUUAAUAUGAAAUAAAUCUAACGUGAUCAAUUUUAAAUAAUUUUUAUUUUUAGAAUUUGUAUUAAUAUAUUAUGAUAGAAAUAUUUUUUAAUCAUUUUACAUGAGCUCUUAUAUUAGAAAGUAAUUUUGAUAGUUUUUCAGCUAAAACUCAAUUAUUAUUUUUUUAAUACUUCUUGAAAAGAUCUAGAGAAUUUGUUUCAUUCUACAAAAAUUACAGCAGGAUCAACCACUAGCCAUACAAAUUGAAACAAUAGCGUCAUGAGAGAAGUUUAAACAUAUAUAAUGUAUUCGACGAACCUUGUUCCUUAUGCAAGUUCAUGGACUAUAUGCUAUUAUAAUUAACAAACCUAUGAGAAGAAUGAAAUAAGAUUAUUUUUACUUUUGAGUCAACAUUAAAACUAUUACUCUUUAUAUAUUUAUUUUUCUGAUAUGUGAAGCGAUAGCGAGCGGGCUUGAAACUCCACAAAGAGAGAUUAGAAAUCCAUUUCAAAUUUUCAACCUGUUAAACUAAAGUGGUUCACCCCCAAAACUAGCUGUCAUGAAUCAACUUCGCAAAGAGCUCGAAUCUCAAUUUAAUCGGACUCUGAGAUUCAAGAGAUGUAGUCCAACAUGAAUAAAGCAUCUGCUAGGAACAGAAAUGCAUAUCUUUCUAUUGUUCUUUAAGUUAUAGGUAGAAUAAAUUAGUUCGUUUGGAAGAGACGCCUUCGUCCCAGCUCCGUGCCAUCUGGUGGGCCACGUCAGGUGUCGCGGAUACCAAAUCGGCCCCAACGGCGACCUUGGCGUAGGACCAGACCUCAAAGAUACUGCGAUUCGGAGGCAGGCGUCUACCGCGGACUAGAAAGUUGACGGCUUUGCUCGUCUAGCUACUGCGAAAGCCAUGGAUUUACAUUAGACUGGGCACAGAGGAGUGACCAAACGUGUCGCAAGGGAAGUGUGGCCACUCAGUCGAGACAAUUCGCCUAGGAGGAUAAUCAUCCAAACCAGCUUUUACCCGAGAUAGAAUAUCUUUUUUUGGGCUUAAUAUAGGCCCGUCAAUAUUGGCCCAAAAAUCGUGAUUUCUGAAAUUUCUUGUUGGAUAGAUGGGAUUCGGGUGAUGAAUUUGCGAUCCAAAAUCUAGCUAGUGGCUAUAGCCUCCAGUAAACUUUGAAAUGUAGGUAAGGGAACCUUUCCAGAAAUAGCACCUUUUAAAAGAACAAUUACGAAAAUAGAAUCCAGCCGAAAAUAUUUACAAAAAUAGCACCAUUUUUUAUGGACUGCACCUCCAAGGUGCGAUUUAUUAUCCUGGGCCAAAACCGCAUCUUGGCCAUGUGGUUUCACCUCUUACCUACAGAAAUCGCAUGGCCGAAAUGUGGUUUUGGCCUGACCUACAAAAACCGCACCUUGGAGAUGCGGUCUGUUUCUCCAAAACAAAACCGCAUCCCCAAGGUGCGGUUUUGCCACACAAACCGCACCCCCCCCCCAGUGCGUUUUGUGUGUCAAUUAUUUUCCGACACCCGACAUAUAGCCAUGCAGAAUAAUAGAUGUGGGGUUGCAUGGCAGACGAAAACCGCACCUCUAAGGUGCGGUUUUCAUCAGUGAUUUUGCCUAUAAAAGACUGCUCGGAAAACUCUUCUCUUCACACCUCUCCUUCUCCCUUUUCAAUUUUCUGUUGUAGCUCUAUAUUUCUUUAGUGUUUUUGAGAUUAACGUUUACGUAAGUUUAUUUUGUAUUACUUUUUAUUAUUUGUGAUUUGUGAUUUUUAUGAUAUUAACUGAACUACGGUUUUUUUGCAGAUGGCAUUCCAAAAGUUCACGUUUGGCUUACGGUGGAAUGGUUACACGGAAGAGACCGGAAAGGGGGUCACCUACGUCAGUGGCAAUUUUCAGAAAAUAAAGGUUGCUACCAUACCGCUGCUUGAAGACCUCCAUCAAAUGUGCACUAACGUUACUUGCAUGGAUGGCACGAGAAGAGUUGAUCGUAUGGUGUACCGAUAUCCAAAUAGAGAAAGUGGGUCAUUGUGGCAUGAGGAAUAUCUCAUAACCACUCAGGAUGAAGUAGAUUCCAUGCUCGAAUUCUUGAGGUCCAACAAUCUUUCCAAAGCCGAGAUGUUCGUUUACACCGAGGCGGCCGUUGGCGUUGGAGGUCAUUCUGGACACGAUCAAACAUCUGGUAUCCAUGGUGGACGUGAAUUAUAUGGUGAUAAUCCCUACCAAAGUUACCAUGAUUCUCAUUCCUAUUUUCAGUACCAAGAGCAAGGUGAAGGUCAUCAUCAAUCUUUCCCGUCAUAUGAAGAAGAAGUUCAACCGGACCUCCCCAACCAACCUCGGUACAACUUCCAAUCAGGUAGCGGUAGUUUUCACAACUACCAUUAUGGAGCUGAUGAAGGUGCCUUUCAUGAGAUGGAUCAUAUGGAAGCUGUCCCGCCAACACCAGUUAGUGACACCUCCGAUGAAGAAGGAGAGAACAACGUCAGUGCAGAACGCUCCGACCCUCUUGAAGGUAUUGAUGAUUUAGGACCAGAGUCAGACUCAGAUAAUUAUGAUGAGGUGGCUCGUGACCGUGUACCAGUCCCCUACUACAAUCACAUUCCAUACGACAAUUGGAUGGUCGACAGCGACAUGGAGCCGCCAGAGGUCCCAGUAUGGGGUCCACUCACUGGGUUUAUGAAGGGCCAACAAUUUGGCUCAAAGAAGGAGGUGCGGCACGCCAUUGAGACUGAAGCAAUGACUCGGCAUUUUGAAUGGCAGACAACUCAUUCCAAUACUAAAAGGCUCAUACCAGAUGCCGUAAUCAUCACGAGGGGUGCAAUGUUAGGAUUCGGGCCAUCAAUAGCAAGAGACACGGCCACUGGGCCAUCAACGGUCCUUGCUCGAGAUAAUACCGUUAGUUGUAUAUAUCAACGUCGUCCCCAACCUACGAGAAAAUAACAACGAGGUUAGUAUAUAGAUUAAUAAAAAGCUUAUAACAACAACAAAAAUUAAACCAGAAUAUUGAGUGUGUAUCGCUAAAAAUUCAUCAACAUACUCUCCCUCUCCUUGCCACCACUCGCUCAUUUUUUUGGGAAAUUCGGACAGAGAUUCGGCUCGGCUCUGCGGGUUUUGAGUAAAAAAACCAAAGAAAUGUUUUCUGAUGGCAGAUCGGACUUAGCCGCAACCAACAGACCACUAUUUCAUAGGCUUUUGGGAGGUGAGGGUUUAGAGAGAUAAUUCUAGAGAGAGAAGGAAGAAUGGGUUGUGGUGUGAUGAAAUGAGAGGGGAAGGGGGUAUUUGUACUAUUCAGACCGCACCCUUCAGGGGCGGUCUGGUAAUUUUCCCCUCGCAGAAACUGCUCCCUUGAGAUGUGGUCCGUGAUUCCCGAGGCGCUGACUGCACCUUGUAGCUGCGGCCCCCGAUCCAUGGCGCGGAUCGCUGAGCUGGUGUGCGGUCCGUCGUCCGAUCGCGCCUUCAUCCAACGGUCUCCAAGCCUGUUGCCCAGAAAACACAAACCGCACUUGGAUGAUGCGGUCCGUUUGCUGACAUGGAUUGGACCGCACCCCUAAGGUGCAGUUUAUAAUUAAAACGCACCGUCCUGGUGCGGUUUAAUUAUAAAACGCACCUUGGAGGUGCGGUUUGAUUUAAAAAGUGCUAUUUUUGUAAAUAUUUUCGGCUAGGUGCUAGUUUUGUAAUUUUUUUUAAAGGUGCUAUUAUUGGAAAAUCCCGUAGGUAAGAGUAUAUGAAAAAUUUUCAUAAAUUAAGAAAAUAGACUAGACGCUAAGGUUGGUCCUUUAGAGGAUUUGGCGGUCCCAUAAUUGGGUUGUUUUUUAGGGCAAGCAAUUUGAAUCCCAUCGUUGAUGACAAUUCCACAAUAGUAUGAGGAGUGGGUUAGUUUUCCUAUUGACAGAGGAGCGUGACUGUCCAUCCCACAAGCGAGUUUUUUGAAUGGUGGAACCCUAAUUUAGUUAUCUGCAUGUGGGAUGGGACGGCAAAGAGUGGGUUUCGCUCAACAGGGGGAAUGAUUAUCAAAAGCCAAGAAGGGAUGGUCCUCUUGGCUAAAGGGUGCAAUUCGCUGAGAUUGAUGAUCCUAAGACAAUCGAGCUCCUGGUUCACCGGGAGGUGUCCUGUGGUAUCUGGAGAAUGGUUUCCCAGAGAUAAGGCUAUAAGGCAAUGUCAAAGUGAUCAUUGAAAAAAUUAACCAGCCGGAUGCCUAUGAUAAUCAGGUGGGGGUCAUCCUUGAGGAAUUCUUGCGCUGUUUGGCGACUCACACUAUGAUUACUUUGCGAUUUGUAGGUCGGAGUAGUACUAGGAUAGCCCAUUUGGUGGCUAGAAAGGCCCUCUCAUUGUACCCGACUACGUGUCGUUUCUUUGAUUUUAUGGUCUGGUUAAAUUUCAGGAUGUAAUAAUGAUCUAUUUUGUCAAUCAAUAUGUAUGAUUAUCUUUUGUAAAAAAAAAAAAAACAAGACUAGUCGCUAAGGCCUUAGCUCCCUCCCCAAUUGCCACGAUUCAAAUCAGCUCCCUACAUUUAGAUUUCUACCUCCGCCAAUAAUCCCAAGUAUCAUGA